UCCUGCCGUCCGCCGUUAUUCGUGGUUUGCCAUCGACACGCGAUUCGGUCGCCCAAUUUUCCCUUGACCCACCACCACAUCAUCCUACAUCUCAGCAAUGUCUGAGGUGCACUCCAGACCUGCUGCCGCGCGCGGCAGAGGCUCUGGUCGGGGCGGCCGGGGCGGCGGCACUGCGGCUCGGGGAGGAGGUCGCGCUGGUGCUCGGCCUGCUGGCGUCAAUGGCGAAGACAAACCAGAAACAGAAUCCUCGCUACCGACCUUUGAGGACGAGGGCGAAGUCGGCCAGCUCAGGCAGCAAUACGGCAGCAAGGUUGCCGUCAUCAAAGAAAUGUUUACCGACUGGUCCGAGGUUGACAUCCUGUUUGCUCUUCGCGAGACCGACGGUGACGAGAACUUGGCCGUCACCCGAAUUGCUGAGGGCACCAUUUCACAGUGGGGCGAAGUCUCGAAGACGAAGAAGGAGCGUUCGCGUCCCAAGGCCAAGCCCGACACGGCCACGACUGCGGCCGGCGAUUCGGCUCCGGGGGGCGCCCAGCGAAAUGCCCGAGGCGGUCGCAAUGCCGACAGCGGCCGGGGCCGCGGCAGAGCCACUGAGCGUGGUGGUCGUGGUGGCGCACGCGGCAGGUCGACCCAUGCCACAACCAAUGGAACCCGGGCCAAGGAAAGCCAACCCCUUUCGGUCCCGACUGAAGAAUCCACGGAAUGGAACACCAAGCCGUCUGAAGAGUCGCCUGCUUGGGGCGAACCUUCCGCGACAGAGAAUGCCCCGGGUACGACGACCACCGUCCCGAACGCCACGGCGACUGUUGCGAGACACACCGCAGUUCCCGAAGGGACCAAGACCACUUGGGCAAGCAUGUUGAGACAAUCGACCACUCCCAAGCCAGCCCCCAAGCCGAAGGAGGCACCCGCUAAGGUCUCCGAACCGGCCAUUGAGCAUCUGCCUCCUGCGGAACCUACCGCACCUGAGCCCGAAGGUCCGGCCCCGGCCCCGGUUGAGGAGUCCGCCGCCGAGCCGGUGAAGGAGCCCGCCCCGGCGCCCCAGGCUGAGCCAGCCCCGCCUGCUGUCCCUGUCGUGCCCGCGGUUCCGGCUGUCACUCCCGUCGUCCCCGAAGUCGCAUUGUUGCCCUCCAAGGAUCAACUUACCGAGAAGAAUCUUGAUACUAUAGCAGACGUCUCACAUCCCCCCCAGACAGACACGGCCGCCAGCGAGGCCGCCGAUUCUUGGGAUCCGCGGGGGCCGGCGCCCAGCGCGACAGCCACCCCUCUUUCGGCUUCCCAGCAGCAACACCAGGCCCGCACAGCCCCGAAACCAGCGGCCCGCACUCCCGUCCACCACCCCCGACGCAUGCUCGACCAGCUUGAGCCCGUCCGCAUGCCCGGUAACCGUGACCAGGUUGAUCGUGCUGCCGUUCAAUUUGGCGCUUUCAGCCUGAAUGGCCCGAUCGACGACGACGUCGAUGGCGAUCGCGAGGAACCCGAGACUCGCCCUCAGCCGCCCGAGGAUUCACCUGUUGCACAUCCCCGUACAUCUCUUCCCCCCGCGCAGCCUACACCCGUUCCCGAAGCGUUCCCCACCCAAAAGCCGGCGGCUGCUCAAGUUCCUGCAGGACCUGCCGCCCCUGCACCCUCCGCACCUCCCGCAAAUGCUCCCUCCACCUCGCAGGCAGCCGCACAACCGCCUGCCGCUCCGAACAACCAGCAGUUUGGUCGCUUUGGCCAGCCUGCCUCUCAGGAGCACCCUUCAUUCCCCACAUCGAAACCGUUCGAGCCGUUCGGCCAACAGCCAGCCAUCGCUUCGGCCACCCAGAACCAGUUCGAGGGCGGCUUCCAGGGCCAGGGACAAGCGGCGCAAGCGCCGAGCCAGCAGCAGCCCGGUGGUCCCUUCAGCUCCGCCCCCAGCGAGUUUUCAUCUUACUACACCGCAGACCACCAGAACCGCUUCAACUACUACAACCAGAACUUCGGGCAGCAACAGGGCGCGCAGGGUCAGCAAGAUGCCCUGUCGUCGCAGCCGCAGCGUUCGUUCGCCGGGUAUAACGCGCCCCAGACCGACAACCUUACUCAGUACCCUCAGAGCGGUGUUCAGCACGGACAGUCCCGCUUCGGCGCCGCUGCCGCCGACUCGCAGGUUGGCGCUGCCCCCGCGGCGGGUCAGGCCGCCAGCCAGGCUCAGAACACCCCGAGCACGCAGGCUCAAACGCACGGCCAGCAGCCGCACGAGUACCCGUAUAGCGCCCACCCUUACUAUUCGAGCCCGUACUAUUCCGGAUACAUGGGUGGCUACCAAGGCUACAACCAGGGCGCUUAUGGUGGCCCAUACGGCAAGGGCGGUCUGGGCUACCAGCCUAGCCAGUACGGAAUCACGCCCCAAGGUCCUCAUGGGUACUCGUCUCCCGCGGGAGCGUUCGGCCAAUCAGCUCUUCACCGAGAUACCGGCGUGAUGGGCGGCCUGGGCGAUUACGGGCGUGCCGGCUCCGCCCAGUCGGGCCAGCAGGGCCUUGGCGGCGGAUUCGGCGGCGUACACGACACAUUCGGCCGCGGCGGCUCCGCCUACCAGUCGCAGGGCGGACAGGCGUUCAAUGCGCCUGGCUCGCAACCAGGCGCCGGCCCGACCUCAGGUGACGACUUGAAGCCCUUCGGCGAUUCCAAGGCUGGCGGCGGACCGAGCCCUUCGCUCGGCACGGCGCCCCGUCCCGGCUCGGCGGCGAAUAACGGCCCGUCGCAAGCCGGUCUCCCGCCGCCGCAGUCCAGCCAGCAGAGCGGCCUCGGCGGCAUGGGCGGCUACGGAUACCCGAGCCACAUGCAGGGCCACGGCCUCCACGGUACCCAGUCAGCCGCCGGCGGCUACGGCAUGAGCGCCAGCGGUGCUCAGAGCCACCAGACCAGCUACGGCGCCGGCUACGGCGCGCAGGGCUUCGCUGGCAACUACUACGGCAAUCCGCCUCGGGGCUGGGGGAACAACUAUCACUAGGAGGAUGGCAAGGAGAUCCCCCGACCCACGAGCCGGGGUUGCUGAAAAACCGGGCGUUGGGCGGACAGCCGGGGUGUUUUGUUGUUAUUUGGGAAAGCCAAGGACAGGUUGAGAA